AUGAAGGUGGUGCGGAUGUGGCCCCAAAAGGUCGAGGAGAUGGGUGACCGCACAGCUUGCAAGGAAGGGUGCCAGGCCACUGGUCGCAGGACCGCGUUGAGCCUGCUGGGGGCCGCAGCUGAGCUGGCGAAGGUCGAGGACAAGAACUCCAAAGCCGGCACGCGCAUCGACCAGGAAGGAGGACCUCAAGUCCCUGGGCGCCCUUCUCACGUGGUUGAGGUCGAAGAUGCUUGUCGAUGUGGAGGCCGCAGAGUCAAGGAGAAGAAGCCGGUCGAGGUUGGGCAUCUCCCUGCCUUGACUACAAUGGCGACCUCCUCUGAACAAGAUGCUCGGCUACCUCGACUACCUGGGAUGGCUUGGAACCUCAGUGGCCACGAUGAAGCAGGUUCGCGGCAUGGACGUGGCGCUGACUACAAAGGGGGGGCGGACGAGGUGAACCCGCAAGAGAUCACCCUGCAGUUCUGCAAGACAAAAGCGGAUCAAGUGGCUUUCGCUACCUGCAAGACGAUGCUUCGGACCGGCCAGGAGUUCGUGUGCGUCGUCGAGUCGAUGCAGCAGUUCAAGGAAGUGGCACCGCCCAGGUUCGGCAAUGGACCAGAGCGCCACCUUCCUUUGUCUCGUUGGGCGCCAGGCCCGAUGCUGAAGCGCUUGGAAGUGCAGAACAUCCUCCAGAAGAGCGCCAAAGCCUUGCGCAUUGGGGAAGCUUCGGCCCUUGACCAGGCCACCGGGGAGGUCGAGCUGGUCAAGCGCACCGGGCGAUGGUCGAGUUCAGCGGUGCAGAGGUUUCUUAUGCUGUGCGAGCAGCGCUUCGGGAAAGGCCAAAGCAUCUUGGACAGCGAACAGACAGCCUUCAAGCCUGAAGAGUUCAAGGUUGAUUCAGACUCCGAUGCCUAA